UUAGCAACAGAGCAGAGAUUGGAGGAAAAACUGUGGUGCUGGUGGUGGGGGGAAAGAAUCUCUUGUUCGGUCCGGCUUGUCGGGGAUGACGCCUCCUUGGGGGAUGAACCGAUGCAGCACAGACAACUGCCAGCAUGAAGAACAAGCGGUUACUUACCCAGUUUACAAAUCUGUGCAUAUUUCUGCCUUGAAACAGAAUGGACUCCUGCAGUCUCUGUCAGCAACAUCCAAUGGAUGCAGAGAAGCAGAUAUUAGCGAAGAGGUGCUACAAGCCCGGGAAGAAUGGGAUGCUGUGGCAAGCAUCCAUCCAGGAGGAAUCGUGGAGAAACCUCUGGGCCCCAUACCCAUAAUCUCUUUCAAUGAAGCAUUGCAGUAUUUCCAAACAGCAGAUCUCUCAGACUGCAGGAAAAGAAUCCAGCCGACGGUGCAAAGGAGAGGAUUGGCUGCCAUUGCCCAUUUCUUCUUUGGCCCUCCCCGUCUCCAUCAGCAGCUGCAGAGUGAGCGGGACUUAGCCCUGGCAAUCGCCCAGUGUGGCUUGGAUAAUAAUGAAAAAGUCCACAUGAGGAUCCUGCAAACCAUCUACAAGAAAUUAACGGGCUCCCGGUUUGAUUGUGCCCGUUAUGGAGCCCAUUGGGAGGAUCUAGGAUUUCAAGGGAUGGAUCCUGGCACAGACCUACGCGGAACUGGAUUGCUAGGAUUAAUGCAAACAUUAUAUUUUGUAAUGGAUUCUCGGAUAUUACCUGUCGCUCGAGAGAUUUUCAAGCUAUCCCAUCAUGAAACACAGAACUUCCCUUUCUGUGUGAUGUCAGUCAAUAUCACUCGCAUUGUAAUCCAGGUACUGAGGGAAGAACGCCUUUCUAGAGAAUGUAAUCGAAGACAGCAGGUCAUUGCAGUGCUAAACGACUUGUAUGUGGCUGUGUUUUUACGCCUCUUCAACAUCUGGAAAACGCAGCAAAAGACCAUUUGUGACUCUGGUUUUGUUCUAAAAGAGCUGGAGGCAUUUGCUAAAAGGAACCCAAAGCAGUUACUGAGACAUUUGGAGAUGUACCUGAACGGGAGCACUGCUUCAGGAGGGGAAGAUGGCAUCCAGGCCCGUGCUUUCUCCUCGGAGGUUCUUGGUUCCAACUUAAGCUCUGUUACCAUUGACAAUAAGGAGUUGAAUUUCACCGGAGUAGGUGACCUGCUGGCCGAGGGUGAACAAAACAGCUGAUCUGGAUCCAGCAAGGACGCGAAAGUCCUUGUCCGCAACGAAUCGAAGAAACCGGUUGAUGUGGUCUCCUAGUGGCUGUGUGACCCUGCUGAAAGUGGGCUCCGCGGAGGGCGGGAGGUUCUCGAAACGCUGCUAAAGUAGACGCGCAGGGCUUCAGUUUUGGGCCAGAGCCGCGGAAGGCGCCGUGAGAAACCCAGGGAUGGAGUCUGAGAUCAAGAGCAAACUGCUUCAUUCUUAGAAUGGAGCAAUCUGGGCAGGAUCUGUUCAUCCCAGUCAGUAGUGCUGAAGCUCUGAUAUGGCCCUUUUUUUGCAGUGGGAACGUAAACCCGAAGUUUUGAAAUCCUCUUGCACGCUGAAAACAAAAAAGUUCUUCCGGUUCCCAAGGUUUUAAGUCUUACGAGGACCUCGGUUUUGUUGAGAGCGAAGAGAGAUGUGUUCCUGUAUUGCUGAAUCUGAGCUAGAGUGAACCUUGAACUGCGGCACAGUCCAGAGGCUAGUUGUGGGCCCAGAUUUCCUCCAAUUAGGAUUUUAUCUGGUAAUAUUGGAGACGCAAAGCUGCUGAAUCCUUUUAUUCCAUCAAUUGGGAAGCAUUGCUUCUCCGUCGGUGUGUGCCUGCUGACAUAUCAACCCACAAGUGUGGGUUUGGUUUUGUUAAAAACAAAAACGAAAACCAAGCUCGUCAACAGGAACUAUUAGAUCAGCCUUCCCCAACCUGGUGCCCUCUAGAUGUGUUGGACUACAACUCCCAUGAUGGGAAUUGUAGCUCAACACUUCUGGAGGGCCCCAAAAGAAAGCUACCCUAGACGUGCUGAAAACGGCGACUGCCCAAUGUGUAUGCUGUUCAGGGUGGUAACCGAAAUCCAGCAAUGACGUUCAGAAGCCACCUGAAACCAUGGCUUUAACCAUGGUGGUUAAGCCAGAAAGCCAGGCUGUGUUCAGAAGACACCUUAAACCAUGGCUUUAGCCAUGGUGAAUAAUCCAAAAAGCCUUCUUCACCGCGGUUAAAGCCAUGGUUGGUGUCUUCUGAACACAGCCCUGCUUUAUGGCUUAACCACCAGGGUUAAAGCCAUGGUUUAAGGUGGCUUCUGAAUGGGGCCAGUGGCUGUUUAAAAACUUAACCAUACGGUGGUUGCAACUGCAAGGCAAAGCCACCUGUGUCCUCCAACCACGUGAUAACGGCAUUCACCGGCUUCCCAGAUUUUUGGGUGGCCAUGGACAGUGCCAGUGGUAGUUGCCCUACCAUGCGACUGGAGGCUUUGGCUGCCUUUCCUUGUAACAUUGUGGAAGCUGCCACGGAAUGAGCAUUUAAUCCAAUGCCAUGGGGUUCUCUGUGACCCAUUUCCACCCUGCGGUACUCUCAUUUGGACGUUUGGUCCGGCGCACCAGCUGUAUGUAAGAGUUCUGGUCCUGGCUUGGUGACCAGCCUUUCCAUUAAACGUACUACAAUCUUCCAA